GUCAGCGGGUUAAUGGAUAAACAGCUCACCUGAGUCAACAGCCAAACCAGCCGGAAGACACACACUCCCACUGCGGAAAAGAUGGCUCAAACGCUGUUUUCUGCGUGAACACGGUGGCUGGACUUAAGGUAGCGAGGACUCUGGUUUAAAUGUGACCGUGCGCCUCGUCUCUCCACGGGGUUGUCUCGUCAGAAAGCCCGCUAAAGGACAGCAGUCCGGCUAAGUUUGGCGUUUCUCCCGCUCGGACACACAAACCCAAUGCACCGCCGAGCUAGCACAAGUUAAGAGGAGAGAAAGUUGAGAUAGACAUGGACCGACACAGGUACUUCAUCUUCAACCAGAAGAGUGUGCUCAUCCUCGGGAUCCUCCAGAUUGCUUGUGCGGGGCUUUGCGUGGUCUGCGGGUUUAUGGACGCUGCUUUCCGGAAGAACACACCGCUGAGCGCCACCAGGACCCCGGUGUGGGGAGGACUGAUUAUGGCUUCUCCAGGUGUUCUGGCACUGUUUGCCUCCCAGAAGAAAAACUCAAUAUUGGUGAGUGUGAUGAUGGCGGCUGCUGGGUUUUCCUGGGUGGCUGUGGUGUUCAUAUCAUCCUACUCCUGCCUGACACUGACCUAUGGGGAGGAGGAUGAAGAUGUCUUCCACCAUCACCACAGUCCUGAAGUGACGUUUGUGCUGCAUCGCAUGGUGAAGGGGGCAAACGCCACCAUACUGCUGUCGUGUGCCGUCAGCCUCGCUUUGUCCUCUCUCAUCGCCUACGCGGGCUGCCGCAGCCUUCCCUACUGUGGCUGCUACGACACCAGAACUGGACUGGAAACGUUGGUUCCUCAGAGCGAACCCACAGACACUGAGCUGGUGUGUACCUGGCAAGCAGGAGGCGAUGGCAGGAUCUUCAGCUCACCAGCCCAGUGGAGUGAAGGGGGCACUACAGAGGAGGAGGAGGGUCCCUCCAGACUGCCUCCAUACAGCAGACUAACCUAACAGAGAUCCACACCACUACAGGGACCUUUGUCCUGUCAGUUCCUAUGGGGUUUCCAACCAGGAGAGAGGCUAUGGUGGAUUGAAAUUCAAAUAACCUGUGCAGAUACCUCAUCAUUUUGGAUGGACAUAGGGGAGGAUUUAAGUCUGAUUUAUACCUAGAAAAGGCCAAAGCUUUGAAAGAUGGGAGUUGAGUAUAGAUGGGUCUUUUUUAAGAGACUUGUGGAUUCUGCUGUGGACUGAUUCCUGUAAUUAGACAAAGCACUCUGGAGUGUGGACUUUAUAUCAACCAAAAUAUUUUUAUUCUUACCCACAGAUUAAUCGUUGAUUGCCAAAACACAUUAAACCUGCCUUUGUAAAAGUUGUAUACCCACGUGUGAGAAAGUGAGCCACCAAAACCCAGUAUGCAGAGGUCUGGAUGUGAGGUGGACUCAAUUCAUAGCAAGUCCAGUGCAGUUUUAACAUGUAUUUAAUAAAUACAAUUAGUUGUUUUCUUAUGUUGUAUUUAAUAAAUAAAACCUUCAGGAGUUAUUAGCAUUUCA